GGGGGGCGGUACCGGGGCUGAGCUCCCCCCGGCGGGUGGAGCCCGCGGCGGCCCCGCCCGCAUCCCCGCUCCGGCGGCCGCGUCCCCAUCCGCGCUCCCCCCGCCAGCGGCCGGAAAAUGCCCGUUUUUCCCCCGAAGCAGCGGCUGUCCCGCUAGCGUGGACCGUUCACCAUGGACACCGGCCACGUAAGCAGAGCCCGCAUGAGCGCCGCUGCAGCCCCCCCGCGCUGGGAGAUCGGCCUCUACGCGGCAGGCGCGCUGGCGCUGCUCGGCAUCGCCGCCCUCAACCUCUGGAAGCUCUGGCGCUCCGGCACCUACCCGGCGCCCUCCCCCUUCCCCAACUACGACUACCGCUACCUGGAGCACAAGUACGGCGCGGCGUGCCCGGACCUCAAACACAAGCGGGGCCAGGCUCCGGGCUCGCAGAAGGUGCUGGAUAAGACGUCCCCCAUCCGCCGGAGCAGCCUGCGUGCAGACGACACCUUCGAGAGCAUCACGGAGCUGGGGAGCCUGGAGCUGAUGAGCAGGGACCUGGGCUGGGCCCCCUACGGCCCCCUGAAGAAAUCGGUGUCGGCCGACUCGCUGAGCUCGGUGUCGUCGCUGGGGAACAGCUUCGGGCAGGACGUCUCGGUGGGGCAGGUGGAGGUGGCGCUGGAGUACGAGGCGCGCGCGGCCGCGCUGCACGUCACGCUGCUGCAGGGCAAGGACCUGCUGGAGAAGGAGGAGGCGCGCUUCGAGUCCUGCUUCAUGCGCGUCAGCCUGCUGCCCGCCGAGCACAUCGUCGGCAUCUCCCGGAUCCAGCGCAGCGCCUACGCCGUGGCGUUCGACGAGCGGUUCUCCGUCCCGCUGGACCCCGCGGCGCUGGAGGAGAACAGCCUCCGCUUCUCCGUGUUCGGUGUCGACGAGGAUGAGCGCAGCGUCAGCACCGGCGUGGCCGAGCUCAAGCUGUCGGACCUGGACCUGCCGGCGCGGCCCUUCAACGCCUGGCUCUACCUGCAGGACACCAACAAGGCGGUGGACACGGUGGGGGAGAUCCUGCUGUCCCUGAGCUACCUGCCCACGGCCGAGCGCCUGACCGUGGUGGUGGUCAAAGCCAAGAACCUGGUGUGGAGCAGCGGCAAAGCGACCGCGGAUCCCUUCGUCAAGGUGUACCUGCUGCAGGACGGGAGGAAGAUCAGCAAGAAGAAGACGGCAGUGAAGAGGGAUGACACCAACCCCGUGUUCAACGAGGCCAUGAUCUUCUCGGUGCCGGCCAUCGUGCUCCAGGACCUGUCCCUGAGGGUGACGGUGGCCGAGAGCGGCGAGGACGGCCGGGCCGACAACACGGGCCACGUCCUGAUCGGGCCGGCGGCCAGCGGGAUGGGCACCACGCACUGGAACCAGAUGCUGGCCACGCUGCGCAGACCCGUCUCCAUGUGGCACCCGCUGCGGCGCAACUGACUGCGGGGGGACCUGAACCCGGGCCUGCACCCGGUGACACGCAGCAUUUGCCGGGGCUGAGCCAGACUUUGCGGUGCUUCUUGCUGCCGAAACGCUGGGGGACGGAGAGACCCCUCAGCCGCAGCCCCGUCCCCGGCUCGGCCUCGCAUGCGCCGGGGGCUGCCAAUGGACCCUUCACACGGACCAGAACCAGCGCCCACCUCCCCAAACCGCGGCCCGGCCGCCUCCCGAGCAUCCCGCACGCAAUUGGUGCCGCCCUUGAGCGUGAUCCUGAGGCCGUCGGGGAGGGGGAUUUCUUGGUUUUCGGUCAAGCUGAGGGAAAUGGAGAGGGUGUUGAUAAGGUGCCAGCACAGCGUGGUUUCGCUCGGCGUGUGUGCUGCUUCUGUUGGGUUUCGGAGGGAUUUUGGUGCCAUGCACCGUGGCUGAAAUGUUUUCAAAGAGAGUGGAGGAAGGGAGAAAUAACAGCAGAAAAAUCAACUGUCA